AAGCAGUAUAACCACAUUCCCUCCAACAAUUUCUAGAAGCUCUAGAUUUAUUCCAAAUUGUAUGAGCUUGUUUUGUACCAUAAAUUACAUUUAAUAAGUAAAACUGGAUUCCACGCAAUCGGCUUUUAAAUUGGUCGAAGAAGCCACAAUUAUGGACGUAGAUCAAAGCCUACCGACCGCUUCAGGGCUUUCAACUUCUAUUGUACUGCAAACACUUCCAAAAAUUGAUGAAAAUUUAACACAUGAUCCAAAAACUCCAAAAGAAAGAAUAUUAGGUUUGCUGGAUUUACUAGAAAGUCAUGUAGAAAAGUUGAGAAAGGAAGCCAGUCAAUUAGAAGAAGAUAGAGAUCAUCUACUUGCUACUUUGGAUUCUGUUAAAAAUGCAGAUUUAAUGAAUCAACUUAAUGAAAAUGAUGCCGAUGAUGUGUUACGUUACGCUGAUAGAAUCAUGAAUAGGUGCAUGACUGUUGAUGUUCGUGUUUUUACACAACGAGAUUUAAUGCAAGAAGAAGCCCUGUUUCAAGUAAAUCAUUUGAUAGAUAAUCUGGUUAUGGAACUUAAACAGGAUCAUGAGGCCGUUAAAGCUAGAUGUAUUUCAUAUGUCAACGCAUGUUCCUCAGUAAUGGUGGAAGGUGCAAUGGAUAAAAAAUUUGAGUCUGCUCUUUUGGGUUGCACCGUUGAUGAUCAAAAACGUGUGAAAAAAAGGCUUGUAGGUUUACUUACUUAUUUUGAAAAGCUGAGAGUUCAAAAUUUGCAGUAAUUUUUUAAAAUAUAGUGUUUUUAUUACUUAUUUAGGUAACAUUGUUUAAAAAUGGAAAAUUUAAAUUAAAUUUUUUACAUAGUUUUUCAUUAUGUUGUUCAUAUGUAGUAAAUCUUACGUAUACUGCAUAGAAACGAGUGCUUAUCAGAUACUUUAAAGCUAGACAUUUUCUUUUUCAAUUAUUCAACUUCAAAGAAAUUUUCAAUCAAAUUUUGGCAAUUAGCACAGAAAUUUGACAUCAAAGGUAAUUGGGUAUAAAAGGUUUAGUGCUUAACCAAAAAAUAAAUAUAUGCGCGUCUUGUAGCUAGUAAUUGAAAUACUUUGAUAGCAUAAAAAUUAAGUCGUAUUGGCAACAUUUUAUUCCAAUAAAGACACUAUGUGAUUGUAA